UUAAGGUGUUAUGCCGAAAAAAAAGGGGAAAGAUAAAACGAAAGGUAAAAAUGGUGAUGCAAAGUCAGAAGAUAAACCGAAGAAACCUAAAGGUGGUGGCAAGAAGGGCAAAAAGAAGGUCGACAAGAACUUGAUCUACUGCGACGAUAAGCAUUUCGAUCCAAAUUUGGUGGUGAUUACGGUGGAGCAUUGCAUCAAGUGUUUCGUUUAUCGGGAGCAGUCCGAGAAAUUCUUCAAAGUAGUUUGUGAGGCCUUCCCGGAUCGGAAGUUCAAGCUGAUUCAGAACGACUUCGAUAGACUGGAAGCACGGGAGGGUGCGUUCGAGCUAUCGUUUUCCAAGAACUGUCGCUCUCCGGCUAUCCCGUUGUGGAGUGGAAUCGACCUCGGGCCCCCAAGACGUGAAAAAUUCCCGGUUGAUUAUACCCCGAUGAUAGAGAAAAUUGACAAGGAAAUUAACGUUCAUGAAAAACCAAUUAUAAAAUUCACGUAGCACUACUUACAAUGUUUGUGUUUCUUUCCACCUUUUCCUCCUCGUUUUCCGCCAUGCUCUCCUCCGGAUUGCUUCCCA